CUAGCUUACUUUAUUUAACUGUCGUUUGAGGCCUUUGUAAUUUAUUGUAAAUAAAAAUCUUGUAAAUUUAUGAGUAAGGUUUCCAAAUUAAUUGUGCAAGUAAAUUAUAGUUAGCGAAAUGGAUCACGCUAUAACGCCGGAACCGCACUUGGUGCCAGGGUACACGGGUCAUUGUGCUCAGAAUCGGGACAGAGUGGGUCGAACUUAUGGCCGGCAAACCCACAAGCUGCUAAUAGAUCCCUGUAUUUACCAUGCCCCGGAACUAAUUGUGGCCUCCAUUCAUGCCAAGCAUGGUCUAAAGGAUUAUCCCACGGAACAAGAGCUGAAGAUCCUGCGCACUCGUGAGGGGCUGGUGGACUCCGUUUACAGGCAUCCCAUUCUACCCGGCUACGCUGGCUUUGUGCCGAACAAAGUGAGUCAGAUUGGCAAGCGUUAUGUGGCCGCCGCAUCCGCGGGAGUGGCCCGGCACGAGACCCUGAUGGAGCUGUACCGCUGCGAGAAACGGACGCUGAGACACCGGGAUCUUCUGGAGAGUGGAAACGGUCUGUUCGACCGCAAGAUCAACGAGAGACUGUUGCCGCAGACCUACUACAGGUCACCUCUGAUUCCGGUCACCGGAGUGUCCAAGGGCAUCAAGGAUGAGUCGUGUCCGCCGAGAGUAGAGAAGCUUUGCUACAGCAAGUUCACGUCGCCGCAUUUCCUGGAGGACGAGGACGCCGACAAGUUCAUUAUCAACGGCUACGCCGGUCACAUUCCCAUGUCGGUGACCCGGUUCGGGGAGUCCAACAAGGUGCUCACCCGGCGGGCGCUCUGCAGCUUCUCCGACUACAUGUACAAGAAGAAGCGGGACACGUGGUGCUGUGGCCAGGACCUCAGCCGGCCGGCCAUCACCUGUCCGCCCGUGGAGCACUUCAUCGUCUACCACAAGGACGACGGGAUGGUGCCCAACUAUGCGGGCCACGUUCCCGGAGAGACCUACAAGUUCGGCCGGACCUAUGCCAAGACCACCUACGACGCCAAGCGCUGGCUGGAGGUGCACAAGAAUCUCACCGUGCUGCCGGAGGUGGCCAACCUGGACUACGCCUACUGAGGAGCACCACACACGGGUAUUCCCCCCCGGGAGCAAUUUCAAAUGAUAACGCUUUUCCCAUGGCCUUGCCACCCCGCGUUGCAGGUGCCGCAUUUAUUGUGUAUCUCUCACCUGGUCCCACUGGCGAUUGUUGUGAUGUAUCGAUACAACAACAACAUCCCCAGCUUUCUAUCUACGUCGUUUUGUUGCUGCAAAUAAAUAAGUUUUAAUUGACUGUGCGCCUCUAAAA